AUGCUCGUUGGGCGAUUCUAUCCCGAGAGUCUAUCAGUUGCCGCCUUCUCAUACAUGUUCAGCACAUGCACUGGAUGGCUCGUCGGAAUGGGUGGCUCGACUGCUCUCGAUACCCUUGCCUCCACCGCUUUCACUGGCCGCGACAAGCACUACACAGGCAUCCUCCUACAAAGAGCCACGAUUGUUCUCACAUUGUUCUUCAUUCCGGUGGCACUUAUCUGGGUGUAUGCCGAGCCUCUCUUCGUCGCUCUCGGCCAAGACAAAUCACUAUCGCAUGAUUCGGCUAGGUUCCUGACGCAUCUGAUUCCCGGUGGUCUUGGGUACAUCUACUUCGAAAUACUCAAGAAAUACUUGCAAGCUCAAGGAAUUGUGCAGCCAACGACCUACGUCCUCCUGGUCACCUCUCCCAUCAGUGCUGGUCUGAACUACUGGUUUAUCAAGUUUUCAGGCUUUGGUGUGAUGGGAGCCCCACUGGCAACUGGUAUCGGGUACUGGCUUUCUUUCUUUGGCCUUCUCUCUUACACAUGGAUCGUCGAGGGGUACGAGUGCUGGAACGGUUGGGAUAGAUGUUGUCUUGACAACCUGCCAGCCUUUUCCCGUCUUGCUUUCCUUGGGUUUGUUCAUUUGGGUACGGAGUUCUGGGCAUUCGAGAUCGUUGCUCUUGUUGCUGGCCGCCUUGGCCCGCUGCCGCUGGCCUCACAAAGCGUUCUCAUGACCGCAGAUCAGGUCCUCGUUACCAUCCCAUUUGGCAUCGGUGUGGCAACCAGUAUCCGAGUCGGCGGGCUGCUUGGCCUCAGAGACAAAACCGCUUCCAUCAGAUCCGUCAGAGUCGCGAUAUUUUUGACUCUAGCUGCGGCUACUUCUGUCAUGAUUGUGUUGAUUGCCAGCAGAUCUCGAUUUGCUGCUAUCUUUACACCUGAUGAGACGGUGAUAUCAUACACAGCAGGGGUACUGCCAUGGGUGGCUUUAUUUCAAAUAUUCGACGGACUCAAUGGGAGCUGUGGAGGAUCACUUCGUGGGAUGGGAAAGCAGAACGUUGGCGCCACCAUCAACGCUCUCUCAUAUUAUGUUGUCGCGCUGCCGCUUGGUACUUGGAUGGCCUUUUCAGGAUGGGAACUCUCGGGACUCUGGGUAGGACAGACGGUGGGCAUGAUUUUAGUCGCAUGUUUGGAACUUGCUGUCAUUCUUUUCAGCAACUGGGAUGAUGAGAUCAAGAAAGCAUUUCAGAGGAUAGGUGCCUAG